AUGCACAACAAUACGCUGCGUCGAGUAUCCACCCACGCUUCCACCACGACAACGUCCUCCCGCAUCACCCCCUCCAUCCACACCAGGCGCUCCACCGACUCUAGGAUCCUCGAACAAGUCCUCCAAGAUGGUGACGAAAUAGGUCCUGGUCGCUUUCUCCUCGAUCAGCCCAUCUCUGUCGUCCAUGCCCGCUCUGAACUCGUUCCCAACCUGCGGGUCCUUCGCAAACUGGCCACAGGAUCCUAUGCCGUCGUCUAUCUCGUUCAGGAAAUCAUUCAACCAACAACGGCUUCCAACUUUUUGAACUUGAGUGAAGACGAGGACUCGCCCCCUCUCACGCCUGCCGCCGCGGCCGCUCCUGCCCAAGGUCGUCUGUUUGCUCUCAAAUGCCUCGAAAAGCACGCCCAGGACCAAGACGCGCAGCUUCUCGAAGCGACCAUUCACCAGUCCCUCCCCGUUCACCAAAAUAUCGUCACCCUCUGGAGCACCCUCGAAACCGAAUCGUACCUCUUGCUCGUGCUCGACUAUGUCCCCGGCGAAGACUUGUUCUAUUUCCUAGAGCAAUUCCGUGACUAUGACGAGUCCCAUCUCGACCGCGACCCCUCGUCUCCCACGUCUUCUGCUCCGACAAGUACGGCUGGUCUCGCCUGGCUUGAACCGUCCCAAUUGCUGUCUUAUCAUCGGCUCCGCCUCGUUGCGUCCAUGUUUGCCCAAAUGUGCGAGGCCGUCGCUCACUGCCACCGCCACGGCGUCUUCCAUCGCGACAUCAAGCCCGAAAACUUUAUGGUCACCGAUACGCGCAUCCAAGACCCCGUGACUGGCGAGUACAAACGUAGCGUCAUUGUCAAACUCACCGAUUUUGGUCUUGCCACUCGCGAUCCCGAGUCGGGCGACAUGGACUGCGAAUGUCGUAACUUUAUUACGCCCAUGUACGCUACGGCCCCGGCCGACGUAUGGUCCUUGGGCAUCGUGCUGCUCAAUAUGCUCUACCAUGCCAACCCUUGGAUGAGUUCAGCCUUUGGGGCCUGCCAAUCUUUCGACAGCUUCCUCCGCGAGCCCAUCCGGUUCUUCAUGGAACGCUUCCCGGGUAUGACACCUGCCGUCGCCGAGUUCUUUGCCCGCCGUGUCUUUUGUCUCCUCGAAGUCCCUCCCACCAUGGACAACACAGGAAACACGUCUCCUCUAUCUCCUCACUAUGCCAACAACGUGGGACGGAGGAUUACCGCCGAAGA